UGGUGAGCAUGGGAAGUCGGGGAAAAUCACUAAACUAUUGGGAAUAUAUGAAGAGAUGUGUAGUAGGGGAUGCAAGCCUGACACAAUCACAUAUAACAUACUCAUUUCCAGUUUAGUGAAAUUUAGUUGUGUUGAUAAGGCUAUUGAUUUGUACUAUGAUCAUGUUGGUCGUGAUUUUGCUCCCUCUCCUCAUACGUAUGGUUCGCUCAUUGAUGGACUUUUUAAGUUAGGAAGACACGAAGAAGCGAUGCUUUUCUUCCAUGAGAUGGCAGAAUAUGGAUGCAAAGCUAAUCGAGCGAUUUUUAAUAUUCUUAUAAAUGGGUUUGGAAAAUCAGGAGACGUGGAAACUGCCAGUCAUUUGUUCAGAAGAAUGGUUAAAGAUGGAAUAAGGCCAGACCUUAAGACUUACACCGUUCUUGUGGAUUCUCUCUGUCUUUUAGGAAAUGUUGAUGAAGCUCUGUGUUACUUUGAGGAACUAAAGCAGAGUGGUCUUAGCCUUAAUAUAGUUUGUUAUAAGCUUUUGAUUAAUGCACUUGGAAGAUCACUGAGGGUAGAAGAAGCUUUAUCACUCUACAAUGAAAUGCUGAGCAGAGGAAUUUGUCCUGAUCGUUACACAUACAACUCACUAAUA